AGAAGAAACUUCAUCAUCUCAGGACCCUUGGGGGACCAGUGAGUCUCAGCCAGUCCAGCCGACGAGUGAUCUCACCCUUCAAGUGACCCCUGCCUCCUUCCCUUCGAAGUCCUUUACCUGUCCACCUUACACCAGAGCCGUUCAACCACAGUAAAAGGAAAGCAAGCAAGGAUGGAUUUCUACGAUACUCAAACAUUGGGAGUGGUGGUCUUUGGUGGAUUCAUGAUUGUUUCUGCCAUUGGCAUCUUUCUGGUGUCAACCUUCUCCAUGAAGGAGACAUCAUAUGAGGAAGCCCUAGCCAACCAGCGCAAGGAGAUGGCCAAAACUCAUCCCCAGAAAAUAGAGAAGAAGAAGAAGGAGAAAACAGUGGAUAAGAAAGGAAAGACCAAGAAAAAAGAAGAGAAACCCAAUGGAAAGAUACCUGAUCAUGAGCCAGCUCCCAACGUGACUAUUCUACAUAAAGACACAGUCAGAGCUCCUUCAAUGGCCGUGGCACCAACUCCCAUCCAUUCCUCUGUAGUUCUUACCCCAAUAGCCACCGUAGCAGCCAUGCCCCAAGAGAAGCUGGCUUCUUCCCCUAAGGACAAAAAGAAGAAGGACAAAAAAGUGGCAAAGGUGGAGCCAGCCAUGAGUUCUGUAGUGAAUUCUGUUCAGGUUCUUGCCUCCAAGGCAGCCAUCUUGGAAACUGCCCCCAAGGAGGUGCCGAUGGUGGUCGUGUCCCCAGUGGGUGCUAAGACCACUGGCACUGCACAGGGCAAGAAGGCAGAGGGAGGCCAGAACCAGGGCAAAAAAGCUGAAGGGGCUCAGAGCCAGGGCAAGAAGGCAGAGGGCAAAAAGGCUGAAGGGGUGCCAAACCAGGGCAAAAAGGCAGAAGGGGCCAAGAAGACAGAGGGGAGCCCUAACCAGAGCAAGAAGGCAGAGGGAGCCCAGAAUCAAGGCAAGAAAACAGAGGGAGCCCAGAAUCAAGGGAAGAAAGCGGAAGGAACCCAAAAUCAAGGCAAAAAGGCAGAAGGGGCUCAAAAUCAGGGCAAGAAGACAGAGGGAGCUCAGAAUCAGGGCAAAAAGUCAGAGAGUGCCCAGAGCCUGGGUAAAAAAGCAGAGGGAGCUCAGAAUCAGGGCAAGAAGGCAGAGAAUGCCCAGAACCAGGGUAAGAAGACUGAAGGGGCCCAGAAUCAAGGUAAAAAAGCAGAGGGAGCUCAGAAUCAGGGCAAGAAGACAGAAGGGGCCCAGAAUCAAAACAAGAAGGCUGAAGGGGCUCAGAACCAGAGCAAGAAAACAGAGGGAGCCCAGAAUCAGGGCAAGAAAGCUGAAGGGGCCCAGAAUCAAGGCAAAAAAGCAGAGGGAGCCCAGAAUCAGGGCAAGAAAGCAGAGGGAGCCCAGAAUCAGGGCAAGAAAGCUGAAGGAGCCCAGAAUCAAACCAAGAAGGCUGAAGGAGCCCAAAAUCAAGGCAAGAAAGCAGAAGGAGCCCAGAACCAGAGCAAGAAGGCAGAGGGAGCUCAGAACCAGGGCAAAAAGGCAGAGGGAGCCCAGAAUCAAGGCAAAAAAGCAGAAGGAGCCCAGAAUCAGGGCAAAAAGGCAGAGGGGGCUCAGAAUCAGGGCAAGAAGGCCGAAGGGGCUCAGAAUCAAGGCAAAAAAGCAGAAGGAGCUCAGAAUCAGGGCAAAAAGUCAGAGGGGACUCAAAAUCAAGGCAAGAAGGCAGAGGGGAGCCCUAACCAGGGUAAGAAGACAGAGGGGGCCCCUAACCAAGGCAAGAAGGCAGAGGGGGGCCCUAACCAAGGCAAGAAGGCAGAGGGGGACCCUAACCAAGGCAAGAAAGCAGAGGGAGCCCAGGGCAAAAAGGCAGAUGGAACCCCCAAUCAGGGCAAAAAGGCAGAAGGGGCUCAAAAUCAGGGCAAAAAGGUAGAUUCAGUUGCUAAUCAGGGUACAAAGGCAGGUGUUGGAAACCAGGGGAAAAAGGCAGAGGGCACUCCAAACCAAGGCAAAAAGGCAGAGGGAACCCCAAACCAAGGCAAAAAGGCAGAGGGAACCCCAAACCAAGGCAAAAAGGCAGAGGGAACCCCAAACCAAGGCAAAAAGGCAGAAGGUUCCCCUAACCAGGGCAAAAAGGCAGAAGGUUCCCCUAACCAGGGCAAAAAGGCAGAGUCAGCUCCUGUUCAGAGCAAGGACACAGAUGUGGUUCAGAGCCACGAUGCAGUGAAGCUAGAGGCCCCUGCAAAGAAGAAAUCUGGUUCAAAGAAGAGAGGAGGUGAGCCUGGACCUCAGGAUGCUGACGGCCCUCUCUGCCUCCCCUACAAGACGCUGGUGUCCACUGUGGGAAGCAUGGUGUUGAGUGAAGGUGAGGCCCAGCGGCUCAUCGAGAUACUGUCUGAGAAGGCAGGUGUCCAGGAUACCUGGCACAAGGCCUCUCAGAAGGGCGACCCUGUGGCCAUUCUGAAACGUCAGCUGGAGGAGAAGGAGAAACUGCUGGCCACAGAGCAGGAAGAUGCAUCCGUUGCCAAGAGCAAGCUUCGGGAACUUAAUAAGGAGCUGGCAUCAGAAAAGGCCAAAGCUGCAGCCGGAGAGGCUAAGGUGAAGAAGCAGCUGGUGGCCCGGGAGCAGGAGAUCACAGCUGUGCAGGCGCGCAUGGAGGCCAGCUACCAAGAGCACAUGAAAGAAGUGCAGCAGCUGCAGGGCAAGAUUCGGACUCUUCAAGAGCAGCUGGAGAAUGGCCCCAAUACACAGCUGGCCCGCCUGCAGCAGGAGAACUCCAUCCUGAGGGAUGCCUUGAACCAGGCCACCAGCCAGGUGGAAAGCAAGCAGAACGCAGAGCUGGCCAAACUCCGGCAAGAGCUCAACAAGGUCAGCAAGGAACUGACUGAGAGGUCAGAGUCUGCCCGGCAGGAGGAGCAGCAGCGGAAGGCUCUGGAAGCCAAGGCAACUGCCUUCGAGAAGCAGGUUCUGCAGCUGCAGAUGUCCCACAAGGAGAGCGAGGACGCCCUCCAGAAGCGCCUGGACGAGGUCAGCCGGGAACUGUGCCGCUCCCAGACGAGCCACGCCAGCCUCCGGGCAGACGCCGAGAAAGCCCAGGAGCAGCAGCAGCAGAUGAAGGAGCUGCACAGCAAACUCCAGUUCUCUGAGGCCGAGGUGAAGAGCAAGAGCGAGGAGCUAAGUGGUCUCCAGGGCCAGCUCAAUGAAGCCAGGGUUGAGAACUCACAGCUCAGCGAGAGAAUCCGCUCCAUUGAGGCCCUGCUGGAGGCAGGCCAGGCGAGAGAUGCUCAGGCCAGUCCUGCAGAGCCAGACCAGCAGCAGGCCCGCCUUAGAGAACUGGAGUCCCAGGUGAGGAGUAUGGAGAAGGAGACCACCGAGCUCAAGGAGGCAGUGGAGCAGCAGAAAGUAAAAAAUAAUGACCUACGAGAAAAGAACUGGAAGGCCAUGGAGGCACUUUCUUCUGCUGAAAGAGCCUGCGAGGAGAAGCUUCGCUCCCUAACCCAGGCCAAGGAGGAAUAUGAAAAGCAGCUCAGUCAGACGGAGACACAGACCAGGGAGGUCCUGCUGAUGCUCUUCCCCACACUCUCCACCUCAACCAGCCAGAGCUAUACCCAGUGGCUGCAGGACAUCCGGGAGAAAGCACCGGAGCUGCUGCAGCUGCAAACUUCCGCAGAGCCCUCGUUGGACCUGGCCUCCAAGCUACGGGAGGCUGAGGAAACCCAGAGCACCCUACAGGCCGAGUGUGACCAGUACCGCACCAUCCUGGGUCAGACGGAGGGCAUGCUCAAGGAGCUGCAGAAGAGUGUGGAGGAUGAGGAGCAGGUAUGGAAGGCCAAACUGAGCAGCACAGAAGAGGAUCUUCAAAAGUCACAGGUCAGAGUGAAGCAUCUCGAAGAGACUCUAGAGAAGUUACGAGGAGAACUGGAAGCUUCAGAUCAGGUGCGGGAGCACACCUCGAAUCUGGAAGCGGAGCUAGAGAAGCACAUGGCAGCUGCCAGUGCUGAGUGCCAGAGCUAUGCCAAGGAGGUGGCUGGGUUAAGACAACUUCUGUUAGAAUCUCAGUCUCAGCUGGAUGCAGCCAAGAGUGAAGCCCAGAAACAAAGCAGCGAACUUGCCCUGGUCAGGCAGCAGUUGAGUGAGAUGAAGAGCCACGUAGAGGAUGGUGCCCUGGCUGGGCCCCUGGCUGCCCCCACAGAGGCCCCCCCAGAUGAGCAAAGCCCCAUCGAGCUGAGGUCGCAGCUGGAGUGCACAGAGACCAACCUGCAGAGUGAGCAGGCACGGCGGCGGCAGCUGACAGCCGAGUUUGAGGAGGCCCAGAACUCAGCAUGCCAGCUGCAGUCUGAGCUGGAGAAGCUCCGAGGGGUCUCUGAAACAGAAACUUCACAUCUGAAGGAGAGACUAGAAAAAGAGAAGAAGUUAACCAGUGACCUGGGGCGUGCAGCCACCAAACUGCAGGAUCUUUUGAAAACCACCCAAGAUCAGCUGGCAAAGGAGAGAGACACCGUUAGAAAGUUGCAGGAGCAGCUGGAUAAAGCAGAGGAGAGCAGCUCAAAGGAGGGCACCUCUGUCUGAGUCUCCGGAGGAAAAGAAGUUACUGUUCAACUUACCAAAAUGCCUUACACAUUCCUUACAAAUAAACCAACACAGCAUUAUCCAGGCCCAACUUCGGUAGCUCUGAGAAGCCAUUAGAGAUGGAAGUCUCUUAGAACCACAGAGCUAAUCUUCCAGACCCUCAUUUGUAAGAGAAACUUUGUCCCCUACAGAAACACUAUUCCCCAGGACCAGCCCUGGACUAGGCCAGCAGACGCCAAAGCCCUUAUCAGCUGCGACAGCCCCAGGCUCUGUGCUGGGGCAGCUGGGACUCGGGGUAUUUGUGUCAAUCAGUGCAAUUGUUUGUGUUUUUGGGGGGUGGGGAGUGGGCAGUGGGCAGACCAGGCAGUAAGUCUCCAAGGCUGUGCAGUAGAUUCUGGGGUCAGUGGGAUGGUAUGGUCAGUGGUAUGUUCCAGCCUGGCUUUACAAGACGGCAUCCCCUCACCCUGGAAGACAUUGCCAACCACCACUGAUGUGUGACCUCCUGGAUGUUAUGCCAUUAAACCAAGUGUCGCCCGGC